UGCAGGGAGGAUGGUUGCUGCUGCAGCUCUCUGACUCCCUACCACUGACACUUGUGAACGAGUGACAGCAGCUGAGAACCAAUAUUACAUCACGAGAACGAUUCAGACUCGCAGUCCUUCAUGAAAUUAUAAAUAACUUUUAUUAUUUUAUAAAAUAUAAAAUAAUUCGAUCACUGAGAGCAACAGGUAGUGUACGUGUGCGUGGUGUUUCGGGUAUUGUCAAGAAAAGUGAAGACAGGUCACUGAGGCAAAACGAUGUAAGGGUCACAGACACCCCUAGAAUAUCGUGAAUAGAAAUGGGGUCACGAAAAUGAGUGAAUUUUUCUGUUUGAACAUAUUGGGAAACUCUUCAACUGAAGACGCAAUUCCAUGCCAAUGGCCACACGAAAAAUAAUUGAAUGAAGCUGGGGAAGGUGCUGGUGUGACCUUUUACUCUCCCUCAACACCCCAUAUUUUCCCAAGAUCACCACCACUCCCACCGCCACAGCCACCAUGGACAAUGAAACACCGUAUGACUAUGGCACCAAUGUGUCUGAGAGCUACAUCCUACUGGUGAACAGGAGCUGUGGGAGUGACAACGUCACUGACUUCCUCAACGUGAGCAACUUGUACCCUCUGGAUCUGGCUAUACCUCUCUAUGGGUACGCAAUGCCAGUAUUGCUCCUGGUAACGACUGUUGCCAACACUAUCAUCGUUGCCGUCUUGUGGCAACACCACAUGCGUUCCCCAACUAAUGCUGUGCUCAUGGCUAUGGCGCUCUCAGACAUGCUCACUGUGCUCUUCCCGGAACCCGCCUUCUUCUACAUGUACACACUCAACAACCACGCUAAGCCCCUCCAUCCCUCAGCCGCUUGCUACGCCUGGAGCUUCAUGCACGAGGACAUCCCUAAUUUGUUUCACACAGCAUCCAUCUGGCUGACUGUGGUCCUGGCGGUACAGCGGUACAUAUAUGUGUGUCACCCUCCUCUGGCCCGCACCUGGUGUACACUUCCCCGCGUCAUCAGUGCUAUUAUCUGGAUCUUCAUCUUCGCUACCAUUCACCAGGCGCCUAAAUUCUUCGACACCGUGUAUGACUCUGUGGAAGUUAAAUGGCAAGGCGAGUGUGUAUUUGUUUGUAGCGAGAGGUUCAGCGACUGGGUGAAUCUGAUUACUCCCAACAUUUAUUUCCCCAUCUACUUCUGGUUCCGGGUGGUGUUCGUAAACCUGGGUCCCUGUAUGGUGCUCGUGGUACUCAACUUUCUUCUGUUUAGGGCCAUGAAAGAAGCGCAAAAACGCAGGAAAAAACUUUUGCAUGACAAGAAAUCGAGGAAAGAAUGCAAGAAACUGAGUGACUCCAACUGCACCACACUGAUGCUGAUCGCUGUUGUGUCCGUCUUCCUGGUGACGGAGAUGCCACUUGCCAUAAUCACGCUCCUUCACAUAAUAACCAACAUGGGCAUCGAUAUUUUCUCCAGUGAUUCCUAUUAUUUGCUCACGUAUUUCUUCAUCACCUCCAAUUCCUUCAUUAUAUUCUCGUACCCCAUCAAUUUUGCCAUCUAUUGUGGCAUGUCGCGAAAAUUCAGAGAGACAUUUCGUGAUCUCUUUAUUCGUGGACACGGAACGACUCGAAGGGAAAACUCGACUCGCUCGGCCAACAACGGUCGUGUACGAACUUUCCGCUCUUGUACCUCGGAGACCGCAAUAUGCGGGAGAGCGACACCAGGCAAAGGCACCAAUUCGCGCCGCACUUCGACUGGCUUUCAUCUCUCACCCAAGUUCUCGAAUUCAAGUUCUUUUCAUAACGACAUCCGCAGCUGUGUCGCCAGCGUCAUCGACUCGGCAGCGGAGAUAUCACCUAAACUGCCGCAAAUGUACAAGAAAAACGUAUCCAAGACGACGGGUUCAGUGCUUAACUCCACGGAAGUUCAUUACUAUCCUCUUGACGCUUUAGAGAUGGGAGGUGUGAGAGACGAGACAUUAUCACGAAACACAAAGCACGAAAACAAGGAAGAAGACAUUUCCCUGAUAAACACACACGAGACUGAGGGUCGUGUCAGCCCUGCAUCACAACUCAAGUCAAAUUUUGAAAGUCGAGCUACAAUUGGUAUCGGCACUUUAUGCUCUGAUACUGACGACAAUUCAGAUCCAUUGUUCAAUGAAACAAUUUUGUAAACAUCACCAAACGCUUGUUAUGAACUACCAUGAACAUCAAGAA